AUGGGAAAUCUGGCGAUGUCAUCUGACACUCGUCGCAGCCCAACAGAAAACGGGUAUUCUAGCAAGUGUCUAUGGAGCUACCACCAUGCAAUACGAAGAAUCGCCGAAUCGUGUUUAUUUUGUACUGACGGUGCUUUGCAUGGGUACAUUUUGGUAUGUAUGGUCUCUGGGACGGAAAAACUAAAAGUGGAACCCGGACCAGAUAGUAUCGGAAGGAUGAUUGUGAUGAUAAUACGUUGUGUGGUUCAGUUGGGUAGGUAUGGCUGUUGCAUUAUAUAUAGACAAUAUGUCUCGUCCUUUUUUUUGUUUUUGUUUUCUUUGGCAUUGACUGGUUGUACUACUCUUAUUUGA